GUAAAAAGAAAAAGAAGAGAGGGUAAAAUUUCGAUUCGGCAGUCGAUCGCUCUCUCUAUCUUGUGGAAAAGUGUGCUGUGCGUGGGUAACAUUAUGGUGUGUCGAACCAACCAGAGCGCUCCAUUUUCGACAGACCACCCAGCACGCUGUCUAACUAUGCUAACAGCACUAAAGGGAAACGCCCGCAGCGCGCCCCCUCCCCUUGGACGUGUCACACAUGCAAGUCUGGAACUUAUUCUGAUUUUUUUUUCUUUUUUGCUUCAGAUAAUAACCAUGCUGACACCACUGACGGCUGUUGAACAAGACAACUCCACCACUGAAAGACUGGGUGAGGGCGCAUGGCUUGCCCUUGAACGAGUCCGGUACAAGGACAGCAAGCAAAUUGAGCGAACAUGGGAACGAGUCAUUCGCAAAAAUAAAGUGCAUCGUCAAGAUGCAAGAUCGGCUUUGGACGCUGUUGAUAUACAUGCUGUGAUAGUGACCCCUGAACCUGAGCUAUUACUGGUGGUGCAAUACAGGCCGGCCAUACAGAGGUACUGCAUCGAGUUUCCAUCAGGACUAAUCGAUCAAGAUGAAGACCCCAUUGAUGCGGCUGCACGCGAAUUUCACGAAGAAACUGGGUAUCAAGUCGACAAGAGUGCGAUCCGAUUACACAAAUCGGCAGCCGUGAGUUACGAGCCCGGUCUGACCAAUUCGUGUUGCUGUGUUGCACAAAUCACCAUUCAUGAUCAUGAAAAACAACAAGACGUUAUAAAGCAACAGUUGGAACCUGAUGAAUGGAGCUUACAAACUGUCCGAUUGCCGUUGAGAAACUUGAUGGUACAUCUGCUAGAGCUCGAGCGUGCACAUGAUGGCCAACUCAUCAUCGAUAGUCGCGUACAUGCAUAUGCAGCAGGCCUGAUGGCUCAUGAUCAAUUCCUGGGAACAAGCACUACUAACACUUUAAAUCAGUAAUAAAGAGAAGAAGUAAAUGUGCUUUUGUAAAUAAAUAAAAAACGUGUACAUAUUAUGCCGUGUGUAUAUGCUGCACAUAUAUUGUUCUGCGUCAUAGCUGAACUGCACGUAACAAUAUACA